AUGGGUACCAGCAGCUCUCUGUUCCUAGAUCCCUGUGUCCAGAGGAUUCAGCAGUGGAAUUCAUGCUUUUAUAAACAUGGGGAAAAAAUUCAACUAAGGCCCCAGGUGAAUGUCUCUGCUUACAUACAUUUUAUGCUGAACUUCAGAAACCAAAUGGAGCAACAGCCGAACACCUACCAUGACUUUGCAGAAUUCUCUAGAAAGGGUUCAGAAAUAUGGAGAUCCAUCUCGAAGUAUGAAAAGGCAAAGUGUGAAGUGCUAUCCAAGCUUGACAAAGAUCGAUACAAGGACGAAAUGGGGAAUUACACAGGAAAGAGAAGGAAGAGAAGAAGGAGGGAUGCAAACACACCUCAGAAGCCUCCGUCCUAUUUCCUUCUCUUCUCCCUGGACAACUUUGCCCAUCUAAAGGAACAGAACCCAAACUGGACGGUGGUGGAGGUGGCCAAAGUUGCUAGAAAGAUGUGGUCCAUAUCUGCCAAUGUGGACAAAAUUCCCUAUGAACAGAAGGCUGUGCUUAUGCGGGCAAAGUACCUUGAGGAGCAGGACGCCUACUACCAAUGCCAGGGUAGGAAGAGAAACUUCUUAGGAUAG